AUGUCGGACACCGCAAACGCCGCUGUCGAGAUCGCCGAAGAGGCCCUCGAGCAGAAGCUCGAAGACCUCAACGUCAACGAUGCGACAUCGCCAAACAGCGAAGAGAAGAUGCGCAAGAAAGUGAGCUCGAUUGUGCGCAACUUUCAGAAUUUCAUUCUUCAUUUUCAGCGUCUACCGACCUCUGAGCGCAUUCGCAUCUGGGAGGAGGAGCAGAAGUCGAAAGCCGUCCUCAACACCGGGCUCACGGGCAAGGUGAAGUGGUACUCGGUCCUUCGUCGCUACGGAUUCAUCUCUCGCGACGACGGAGAGAAGGACGUGUUUGUUCACCAGACCGCCAUCUCCAAGUCGGCUACCGAGAAGUUCUAUCUUCGUACGCUCGCCGAUGAGGAGGAAGUCACCUUCGAUCUCGUCGACGGAAAGAAUGGACCGGAGGCCGCCAACAUCACCGGACCCGAAGGAAGCAAUGUGCUCGGAUCCAAGUAAGCAUUUCCUUCUUUCAAAAGCCUCUUAACUUGUAUUCUUUUCAGGUAUCGUCACAAGCUUCUCUCGCGCUUCCGCAAGAGCCGCAAGCCAAGAACCUCGGUCGACAGCGAGGAAUCCGUGCACAAGACUGAUGCCAAGUCCUCGGAGUCUACGCCACAGGAGGAAACCAAGAAACCAAAGAAGCAACGCAAGAACAAGACUCGCAAGCCGAGAGCUCAGCGCGAGAAGGGAGCCGGAGACGUCGGCAACUCGUCUGCCGUCACCGACUCUAACGAUUCCGAGGCCUCGUCGGCCACCGGAACUCCGGACUCGAAGUCGUGCGCCAAGAUCAUCAACGAGGAGCCAGCUCUCUCCAAGAUCGACCGCUGCGACUCCGCUCUUGGAGACGCCGCUGGACUCGGAGCCCAGCCGAUUGACGCCCAGAUCUAA